AGGAAUGACUGGAUCUACAUGUUGUCGACUAUGGCUACUGUCACAUCAGGCCUCAUUUCACCAAACGCUUACGGCCUAAAUUCUGACCCCGUGAAGAUGGCUUCCGACAACGUGAACACUUACCAGCACUUCCAUCACCGCGCCUCCGACUCUACCUUCAAUUCCAACGCCAACUCCAGCGACUCCGACCAAGACAACUACGCGCCAGCAUCCCCUCAAGGUCACCAUCCUUACAACAGCGAGCUGCUCCAACCAAAGCGCAACAAAAGGAAGAACUUCAAGCCUCGGUGCUCUAAUGUGAGUUAUUCUGAUGGGGAGACUGGAGACGAUGGCAGUGGCAUGGAAAGGGGAAACAAGGACCUGCUUGGUGAUAAUAAUAAUUUGAGCAGUUCCAGUCGGAGGAAGACCAUGGCCACUAGGAAGGUGGUUGUAGAGCAACACCAGCAGCAACCCCCACUGAGCCCGAUGGAUCUGAGCAAAGCCGGUACAGAGGACACAGAUUCAAACAGCGAUUCUGAGGAGUAUAAUGAGACAUUCCUCAACAGUGACAAUGAUGCUGAGGGUGAUGAGGAAAAUAACAGUGAGCCAGAUGCUUCCUCUACCUCCAAAGUUAUCCCGCAGAGCUUUUCCAUACAUAACCUCUCCAAACCACACGUACAGAUGCCAUCUGAGUUCCCCGGACCGAACAGCGUUCCUCUGAGUCAGGAUCAAAUGAACGAGAUGAGGCAGUACGCGAUGAACACCAUGCGAGAGCUUCUGGGUAUAUACGGGUUGACAUCUGAAGUUGCUGAGAGUAUCUCCAGGCAGUUGCCAGUUGCGGCCUUCAGCACCGGCAAAAUCUUUGAGAACCUCUCACUGAACUCCUCCAGGAAAGAAGGUUCUCCGCCCGCAGCUCAACCCCCCACUCCCCCCGCAACUCCCCUGUCGCCCAAAUCCACCGAUCUUGCCGCCCACCAUGCGCGACUGCCCCAUUUCCAAUCGGGCAGACCCUCGCAUCAGUCUAGUCAUAGGGCGGUGGGAUCGAUGACAGCCAGCACACCCUUGGACCUAGGCAAAAGGGUCCCGGAACCUGGGACCUACGCCAAUGGGACCUCUGGCGACCAAGAGGGCAAGGGGCAAUUGGAGCAGAGACUCGGGAGUGGGGGGAGCGGUAGUUAUAGCAGUCGGGGUGUCUUUCCUUCAAAUAUGUUUUCUUAUUCACAAACUACAAAGACUGAGCAUUCGACGUCCCCACCACUGGAACCCAGUCCCCUCAAUGCAAUGCUAGCUCAAACGAUGGCGCCUACUCCUAGAGAAUCGCUGUCUACCACGAACCUGUUGAUAAGCAAAACUUCUCAGUUAGAUUACUCUAAGUAUGUUAAGAAAUUUUCCUCCUCAUUAGAAUGUGAGAGCUCCUACUGUAAAGAUCUGAACUACAGAGAACACUUCCACUGUUUAGACUGCAAUUCUAGAGUGUUUUUAAAAAAAGAAGAAAUGAUCCGUCAUUUUAAAUGGCACAAAAAGAGGGACGAAUCUCUGCAACAUGGUUUCAUGAGAUAUAGUCCUCUAGAUGAUUGUAGUGAUAAGUUCAACAACUGCACUCAUAAUAAGAAACAAACCCAUUAUCAUUGCAUCAAAGAAGGUUGUGAUAAGGUAUACAUAUCAACUUCAGACGUACAAAUGCACGCAAAUUAUCAUAGAAAAGACUCGGCAAUAAUCCAAGAAGGCUUUCAAAGGUACAGAGCGACAGAAGAAUGUGGAGCUAGCUACUGCGCAUUCUUUGGGCAACGAACAACGCAUUUUCAUUGUCGGAGGACGGGCUGUAGGUUUACGUUUAAGAACAAAAGUGAUAUGGAAAAGCACAAAUCCUACCACAUCAAGGACGAAACCUUAUCCCGGGACGGCUUCAAGAAAUUCAUGAAGAACGAAGUGUGUCCUUUCGAGAACUGCAGAUUCUCCAAAGUUUGUAAUCACAUCCACUGUAUCCGGCCGCAAUGCAGCUACGUCUUGCAUAGCUCGGGGCAAAUGUUCUCGCAUAAGCGCAAACACGAAAGGAAGGACUCAGAGUUGGCUUACAGAAAGUACAAAUUGGCUCAAAGUAUGAUCAGGACUCUGUCGGAUGGAUCGGUAGUGCCACCUCCUGUAGGAUAUGGAAGAGACUAUGAGGCUCAAAUAGACAGUAUUAAUUUGUCGAUGUACAAUCAAGCUUCAGGAAGCGUGUCUAACAUGUCUAACAUGUCGAAUACUGAAAGCUUAAGUGAAAGGAAUUCGCCCAUAAGUUAUGGAGAGUCCGAGUCGGCUUUGGCAAUGGAUUUGACUGCAAAUGAUUCAAGUUUAGCUCAGGAAGACUUCAACUACAACAGUGAAGACUUUUGGCGGAAGUACUGUCAGUACGUUCCGGAAAACCAGUGCCGUGCUGAGAAAUGCGAGUACCUCUACAGCGACCAUUACCACUGUUUCGCGGACUGUUGUUCCGUGGCGUUCAAUAACAAAGACGGCGCUAGGGAGCAUGCGCGGAACCAUGAACAACAAGAAAUGAUUACAGAGAACUACUUUACCACGAUCGCAUCCCAAACAGGGAGUUGUGACGAGUCCUGCAUUUACCAGGAUAAAGAAAAGCACUACCAUUGCAACUGGGACAACUGUAGAGAGGUGAUUCUGCCUAGUGAUAAGCCUUUCAGAAGAUUGGAGCAUUACAAAAUGCAUGAGUAUAGUAAGAAGUUGAGUCUAACAAAGGAUCCACUGACGAUGACCCACCUGUCAAGUUCUAUUGAUGGGAUGUUUUGUAGGAAAAGAGGGCGGCCUCCGAAGAAUAGGGUCAUAGAAGUUUGGAACGAUUACAAUCCAAUGGGUUCUCAAAGCUUGAUGGACAGUCCACAAGCAAUAUUUACAAGCUUUAAAUUGCCGAAAAUGACGUCGACUCCGCUAGGUGGCAAGGAAGUUGAACAGCAGGAUUCUAAUGAUGAUAGGUCGAGCACGCAUAGUCCAAAUGCUCAAGACAGCAACCUCCAGGGCUUCGACGUCUUCUCUGAGAAUACCAAAUGCCCCGACACUCUGUGUCCAUACUUGGGCUCUACCCAUUUCCACUGCACCCAAAACCGCUGUCUCUACGUCACCGAUAAGGAAGACAGCCUCAUCGUCCAUGCCAAAGAUUUCCACGACAACAUCGAAAUCCUCGAUGGCUUCGAAUUCUACGACAGGAACGUAGACUGCAGGCUGCCGGGGUGUCCCAGCAACAGGGUCAACAGGCAUUUCCACUGCACCCGGCUCAAUUGCAACUAUUCCUUCGUGCAAUAUUCUACGAUGGCUCAGCAUAAUCAGAAGCAUGCCGAGGAAGGCGCGACGCCUGAGAUCAGGGUGAAGAGUGAGACGCAACUGACGGAAACAGGCGCGAGUCAAGAUGGCGGUGAGGAUCAGUUCAAGGCGAUUAAUUUGAGUCAGAGUGGGGAUAACAAAGUUUCAGUGGUGAAGGCGUCAGGAACUUUCUAUCCUUUAUCUACAUUGCCAACCGAGCAAAUAAAAAAAUCACCAGAAUAUAAACCUAUCAUCUCAGACUUACCACCGCCUCCGUUAAUAGAGCCCUCAUCUUUGAAAAACGCCGGAAGCAACACCCUCUACGGUCCUGAACUGAGCUGUUCAAGACCAUUCUGCAAACUGAAACGCAAAUACCAUUACCAUUGCAACGCGUGCAACCAAGCAUUCAGCGAGAUGGACAGAUUGGUGGUCCACGUGGCCAAACAUAGCACAGGUGCUCUGAACAGCCAACUCCAGGAGGAUAACAACAACCAGUCUUCACCUCCUCAAUCACCAACGCAACCUUCAACUAGUAUGUCAGCCACGACGAAGCCUCCAACUGAAGCCAAGAUUAGCGUGGCUCCAUUGCAGUCGUUGCAGAGUCCAUCGGUGAUGAAGAAAGAGCACGAGACGUACCUGACGCCUACUUUUGACGCGUAUAGCCACUUCAACCAGUUCCAGUUUGCCCUGAUGUCGCAGCAACAAAUGCAGAAUGCAUUUCUCCCGCAAACCCUGUACCAGAACCCGCAGUUGAUGUUCCAACAUGCUCAGUUGAUGCAAAGUCCUCUCAUCCCACCACAAGCACCUUAUCCUGGAGAAAAUUUGACGAACCCUUUGGCAGCCAUGGCGGCAAAUUUAAACAAAAGAGCCAUGAGCCCUCACGAAAUUUCAUCCGAGGCUAAGAAGGCGAGAAUUCAGAAUUCGAUGAGGAUAUUGAAGGAUGAACCUGUACCUGAAGGCUACUUAAGAUUUCGGUUCAAUGAAGACUGUCAAUACCAACAUUGCGGCUAUAGAGAACACCAAACGCAUUUCCAUUGCCAGAGACAGGACUGCGGUUACAGUUUCUGUGAUAAAACGAGAUUCGUGCAACAUACCGCAAGACACGAGAGAUUGGACACGUUGAUGGGUGGAGAUUUCCAACAAUACAGAGCAAACGUUGCUUGUGGACGAAGUGACUGUGCCUAUACUGCAAAUCUAGGUUCCACUCAAAACAAAGCCUCCCACUUCCACUGCCUGAAAUGCGAUUUUGUCUGCACGGACACCAACAAAGUGGUCGCUCAUCGUCGCCAACACCAAAAGCUGGACUCUAUCCAAGCGGCAGGUUUCGAGAAGUUCACUCCCAGUCAGAUUUGCCGAGUGCCGAACUGUCAACAUAGCGGGAAACAAACACAUUAUCACUGUUUGCAGUGUCAGUAUGCGGUGUUGGGUCUAGCUCAGAUGUCUGCUCAUAAAUACAGGCAUCUUGAUGGAUAAACGAGAAUACACCACUACCGAACUGCUACUGAUUUAGUAUGAGGUCGGUCAACCUACAUGUCAGAAAUAAUGUCAGAGACACUGUCAGAAAUUGAGCUACGUGGGGAAAACGAUAGACCAUUUUGGAAUCGUUGACAAAGUCUAAAGUACCCAUAUAUCGAUAUUGAUCAAGGCAAGAUAUGUCUAUAUUGAGCAGUAGAUACCAUUUAAACUCAUAACUUAAAUCUAUCACUAAAGAGCAUAUGAGGCUAUUUGCCCUAAAAAGCUUCUCCCAUCAAUAAAUACGCUCUCAAGAAUCUCACGUGAAACUCGAAAAUAAUAAAAAAUAAUAAUAAAGCAAUAAAAAUUUCAUAAGAGAUUUUUAACAUGACAUAAUACAUGUCAUAUAUUUCAAAAACAAAUGAAACAGCAAUUUAAAUAUAUUCAGCUGUGUCAUAAGGUGUUGAAUCAACUUGUGAAUGAACCUCAUACAUAUCCCUAUAUUUGUGUCAUUAUUGUUGCUACUAGAAUAGUGACGGUUGAAUUAUGUCCAAAUAAAAGCCAGUUCUAUGAAAAAUAAUAUAUAGGUCUGAAACUGAUCGAAAGUAUGAGUUGUAAAUAAUUAUGCUUUAUACAAGGUGUCCUGAAAAUUGUGGUGAAACAGUAGCGAAAAAGUAAAAAAUAAAUGAAGUACUCACCGUUCAUUUGCAGAGAAAUUUCAAAUACGGCUCUGUCACUCAGAAGUACUGUUCCAAGUGGUCGCUGUUGAUAAAAUGUUUUGUAGAAAGUCUAGGUAGUGUAAACCGUCCAACCGGUUCGGGGAAAUAAAAGGUCCUGUAAUCAUAUCAUUUACCAUACCAGCCCGAAUAUUCAAAGAAAAUGUUUAUUGAAAAUGUGAUCGAGGAACUACGUGAGGAUUUUCCAACGACCACAUAAGUAUUUAGGGAGUUAUUCACCCCAAUACGCGUCAAGGUUGACCCUCAAGGCUUGUACAAAAUGGUACAAACCAUCAUCACGCAGCGUUUGCCACACUUUAGUCUAGGAGACUUGUACUUGUCUAGUCACUUCGUAGUGCAAGAUUUUUUUCGACAAGAUUCAAAUACUCCUUCCUCAGUUUGUACCAUUCGACAUUCCUGCAAACGGAAUAUAUCUCUAGCUUUUUGCAUAAGGUAAACCAAUCUGCGCGGCCCAGAAUGAUAACGUCUGCGAAAGGGAUCUGCAUACACUCACGAAGCCUCGGUAGCAUUUUGAAGACACUCACCAUAAAUUAAAAAGAUAUCGGCAAAUCCGAUAUUGCUGUACGAUUGUACCAUUUGGUUCUUUUCGAUAAAUGUUUUGUUUACCUACGCUGCCAAUGCAUGGGGAGGUUUUGUGGAGCCUAUUACUUUGAAGUAUAUGCCACAAUGAAAACCCGCUUAUUUUUUGAAAAUUGUACAUUGUGGAAAUGAAAGUCCCAAUUAUGGGGAUACCCUCUGUAUAUGAUGGAAUAAGCUCUUGUAGCAAAGAUGAGAAUUUUCAGAAAUUUAUUAAAUUAGUAACUUUUUAGUAUUCUAAGAAACGAGACGUACAACUGGUAUACUAAUAAUUUUGUAAAUAACAUGUAUAAAAAAAUCUAAUAUGUUGUAUAUUUAUUGUACAUAUGCAUCUAAGAUUUAUUAUGUACGUAACUCAUAACAAAAUGCCGUACUGAGGAAAAUAAGAUACCUACUUGAAAAUGUAAAACACUAGAUCAAGCGAUUCUAAAUCUGACUGAAGUUUCAAUUUUUUGAAAGUUAUAAAUAUAUAUGUACACAAAUAUUGUAGAGUAUAAAAGAUCCGGUAUAUAUUUUACACCUCUGUAUAACUGAUGAGGAAGUUGUUGUAUUUAAUUUAUAUCCAAAUAUAUUUUAACUUACGGAGUAGGGAACAAGUGUAAAUUACAAAAGACAGUAUUUUUAGUUGUAGAGUAGCAGUUCUAGACAAUAGAGGCCUUCUCUCAUAGAUUUAGUGCCUUAGAAAAGACAUAUAAAAUGACGGUGCCUUUUUUGGGUACUUUUUUAGUAGGCAGAAAUUUUGUAGACUUUAAAACGAUCUUUUUUCAAAAUGUGUCAUUCCAUAAAUACCAAUUGUGCCAUAUUACCGUUACAAUUAUACCUAGCGGUAUAUAGUGUAUUAGAUAACAUGUUAUGCCUAUAGUUAUCAACAUCAUCAGAUUUAUUCAUCUCAACCAUCUUAUUUUCACUUUUAUUUAUUUCACACUUUUGUACAUUUCGUUUGUGAAUUUUUUGCCAUAUUUUGAAAUAGCUGUAGAACGCAUUUCCUACUUUUUUUAUGUUCAUAGCUAGUCUUUUCUUGUCCUUUUUGCUUUAAUUCCUCAUCGCUUCUUCUAAAAUUUUGUCAAUCAUAAAAAUGAUUUCAAUUCAG